UUUUUUUGAGACAUUUGAAAUACAAAUAUUAUCCCUUACGUUCUUGAAAUUGGAUGAUAAAAAAACAAGUUGGAGAAAAGUUUCGUAAUACAUAACCUAACAAAAGUUUGUGCCGACCGUUUUGAUAAAUAUCGUAGAAUAGUUACAUGUCGUCGAUGAAUCAAAUUUUCCAACGUUUGAUUAAUUAUAAAACAUUAAAUCAAGUUUUGCAUCAAUAUACAGAAAUAAAAAUCAUUGAUCGUAAAACAUUUAAUUUAACAUUUAACAAUUUCUCAAUGAAAAGAAGCAAAACGAUUCAUUCUGUUAAUAAUAAAAUAAAUCCUAAUGAAAAUGAUACUUCUGAAACAGUUAUGAUGAUUCCAGAAACAAAACAGGUAAAUUUACCACAAUCAAAGGAUAAACAAAUAAAAAGAUCUAAAAUUAAUUUAAAAGUAUUACGAAAUAAGAAUGAUAAAUCUUUAGAAACAAUUAAAUUACAAGAUUUUGAGGGAAAGAAAGAAAUCAUAGAAAUAUCUGAUACGGAUAAAAAUGUAACGAGAAAAAAAAUAAGAGCAAUAGUUGAUUUAGAAAUGAUGAAAGAUGAAUUGAAACAAUUAGAGGAUCCACCGGUUACACCAUUGGAAAAAGAAAUAUGUUCGUCUCGUCUUCCAUUUGAAUUUUAUGAUACACCAUGCGAAGAUCUUGCUCAAAAUCUAUUAGGAAAAGUACUUGUUCGUCGAUUAGAAAAUGGAACGAUAUUAAAAGGUAGAAUUGUGGAAACUGAAGGUUACUUAGGAGAAAUUGAUAAAGCAUCUCAUGCAUAUCAAAACAAAGUUACACCUCGCAACAUACCGAUGUACAUGUCACCUGGAACAAUUUACAUAUACAUGACUUACGGCAUGUACUAUUGCUUUAACAUAUCUAGUAAAGGUGAUGGAAGUGCUGUACUAAUAAGAGCUGUCGAACCUUUAGAAGGCAUGGAAUAUAUGACUAGUCAACGAAUUAUGAAAAAAAAAUCUAAUAUGUCGAAAGGAACUAUCAAAGAUUUCAAAGUACACGAACUCUGUAAUGGACCUUCAAAACUUUGUAUGUCUUUUCAAUUAAAUAAAAAUCAUAAUAAAUAUUCGCUAUGCGAAUGGAAAGGUCUUUGGAUAGAAGAUGAUUCGUAUCAAGAAGAAAUCAAAAUUAUUCAAUGUGCAAGAAUAGGUAUUGAUAGUUGUGGUCCUGAAUGGUCACGUAAACCCUUACGUUAUUAUAUCUAUGGUAAUAAAUCUGUCAGCAAACGUGACAAAAAAGCGGAAGCGUUAAUAAUAAAUACCUAAAAAAAAAAAAAAAAAUUGAUAAUUAUUAUACGAAA